AGUCGUCAUAAAGGCUCUCCAUCUGUACGCAGCGUGGGAGAAGACAUUUCACGCUACAGGUGCUCGAAUACCAAGGUGGUGAGCACAAUGUAAAUGCUUGGAUCCAAAUCAAGCCAAGCUGUUAAACUGCCUUCCAUGACCUCUGUGACAAUGGCUUGUGCUGUUCUGCAUGGAGCCCUUACUCACUGGGGAAGGGAGAACGGUGGGGUUGGACAAAGUGAAGAGAAUAUUGAAAGAAAAGAACAGUCCUACUAACCUAAGUACAAGCAACAAAUAAGAUUCUUGGGGUUCCAAAUUCAGCUUCUGUUACUGACAUACUUUCAUCAAAAUAUUUUUUUCACCUCAAGUAAGGCCCAUUAAAAAUUCCUGGUGUAAAGACAAGCAAAAGCCUUAGCUGCGAACAGAAUUGCUUACAGCUUUUCCUUCUGAUAGUAUUAGUCACCAACAGAAAUUUAAAGCUAGUACAUAAGCAUUCCAGUGCAUAUGUUCCCAGAUUUCAAACACACAAUGCUUGGAUUUCCUCUAGGAUUACCUCUAGAAAAAUGGAUUGUCCUUGAUUUCUACAAAAAUCUGUGGAAGCCUGCAUUAUACAGCAGCCAUGAGGUGGUCUCUGUUUUGCUUCAUGUUUAUAAAGCACAUUCAUAUGUGCUUGUCCAAACCCCACCCAUAUAAAGAAGCACUAAUGUACACACGCAAACUACCUUAACUGGGGCAAGUAAGCAAUUUUCUUGGGAUUGAAUGUGGUUCUGAAGUAGGCUAAGGCUCAUGGGCUUUUUCUUCCCAAAAUUCAAUAUCCUAGUCACUUAAAGGUUUUUUGCUUUGAUGUUGCAUGUUUACCACACAAUUAUAGCCGUCAAAGGGAGUUAACUUCUUUUGAGAUAUCGUGAAUAGCAUUUUUUGCCUAUGCCAGCUCUGAUGAUUGAGUUUGACAAGCUUAAACUGUGUUCAAGCCCAUUUUUGUUUGAUUUGGAAUAUUUUAAACUAUUGUCUGGUGUGAGCUUAUCUCUCCUGUCCUUGCCCGGAUGUUUCCUAGUACAGUUUAUACAAUAGCUUGGGUUCCCCACCCCCCCACCCCAUUUCAAAAAGCACAGAGCAUUCUGAUGGUUGAAAUAUGCUAUGUAAAAUGAGCCAGUCUGGCAAAAGCAGUAUUCUAUCUAUACCCACUGCUGCUCUAAAAUCUUUGCAGGGGGAUGGGGGAGAGAAAUAUAUUCCAGUUUUUCCUCUGCUUUGUUCACUCCAAGGGUUGUUAAAUCAACAGCUUUCAGUAGCCUAUGCCAAUGUGUGUAAGGGUAUGUCUGCUUCAAGAUGGAAGUGUAAUUUCUAGCUCAGGGAGACACCCAUGUUAGGUCUGAUACAGCUUGUGGUGGGAGGGGCUAGCCUCCUGGAGUACGAACCCCUCCAAACAACUGGGUGUCUAUUCAGCACAGAUAACACAGCUGUGAGUGGGUACACCAGUACUUAAUUUGUAAUGAAACAGGAGCUGGGGCUCAAGCAAUAUUUUUACAUUCAUAACUGAUGCAGCAAGUCCAGAGGUGCCAGGGCUAUGAACUGCCAAACAAAUUAAGCACUGUUUACACUCGUUCUUAGCUUUCAAGCUUGAUCGCAGUUAGCAUGGGAAUGUCUCCUGCAGCUGACAAUUACCAUUCUAAUGUGAAGUGUUGCCAUACUUUUACUGUACUCUGAGGCCAAAAGGGAGAUUACUAGGAUGCUGUGUGUCGACUUACUUGAAUUGUCACGGGAAUUUUCAAUAGUCGGAUUCCCAUUUUCUGCCACUGGCAGCAACCAGGAGUUUCUCCUGUUUGUUCUAUAUAUGUUCUUAUGCGCUGCUCUUUGCUGUUGUGCCCUGCCAAUGGCCAUUUUUAUCUAAUAAAACAGAUCAGCCGCCUUAGCUAUUGGCGAUUUGUUGACUAUUAAACAACACUGACAUUGUCUUUUUUUUUAAAUUGCAACAUUUGAAAUGGUGGUUAAAAUUUGUAUGUAUAAAUAGAUUCUCCUCCACCAGCUCCUGGUGAUAAUGUAGUAGAUAUAAAACAUCCCUACUAAUCUCUGGGGACAGUGGGCCCUGUAUCUCUAUAAAGUAGAGUAUUCUUUUGGGUGCCAUCAAAUAAUAAAUGAUUAAGUGUGCUCUCCUGAGGCAAGAGUUUAGUGCAUCACAGCAUACAUGGAACUUCCACAACAAUAGCAAAACUGAAGAAAAUUGAUUCCAACCCUCCCUCCAGUGUUUUUUAUAUUUGUAUCUGACUUUAAUGAUCUAUUUGCUGCUAACAUGAGUAGGCAAUUGUCCCUCAUAUUUAGGUCUAAUCCAACAGAAACCUGGUCAUUUUUAGAUGCAAAUUAUUAAAGAAUUAUGAAAUUCAUAGAAAGUUCAAUUUUUUUUUUAAAUUCUUAAUUAAUCCUAUUUUUGGUGAGAGAGUAGACUCAGAGUUCCUGGAAAAUCUAUUCCAGGAUUCUGGUAUUAGAGACCUGGGAAUUCUGGUUGAGAGUGAAGGAUUGGAUUCUUUUCAUGAACAAAAUCAUCCCUGAAAUGCUAGAUUUAAGUCUGCAAACAGACCCUUUAUACUUACAAAAACUCUGCUUAGAUCUCAAGCAAGGUGUAGUGAGUGAGGCACAAUGAGCCUUCAGACUCUUGGGGAUGGGAUAGAGUGCUGGGAGCAGAAUGGGAAAUGUGCUUGUCUCCUCUUUCUCCAGAGAACAUCUAGGACUAUUAAUUUGGAAAGAAGAGUAUGGGGGGACAUGACAAAGUGAUGUAAAAGAGGAAACCAGCUAGACAUUGCUAUUUACCCUGACCACUAAUAGAAAAAACAAGAAAGCUGUAGAGAAAUUAGAAGGCAACAAGUUUAAAAACUGGUAAAACACUUUUUUACAGCAUGUUCACAAAGAAUUACCAGGAAAAAGCAAGGAUUUGGGUUCAGGUAUCUCUUAAAUGCAUCCGAUGAAGUGAGCUGUAGCUCACGAAAGCUUAUGCUCAAAUAAAUGUGUUAGUCUCUAAGGUGCCACAAGUACUCCUUUUCUUUUUGCGAAUACAGACUAACACGGCUGCUACUCUGAAACCUUAUUAACAGUGUUGCAAUACCAUAACUGUCCUUGAGAUGGUGCCAAUAGCCACUGCUGUGGCAAAGGGGUUGUGGACCAGCAGUCAGAGGAAGGGAAGCAAUAAUUAUAGCCCUAGGCUUGUUUGUUGUCAGAGUUUCUGUUAUUACUGAACAACUCAGAACAGAUCUUUUCAAACUGCCACUUAUAUCCACUGUUUUGUUGUUCCUUCUAAAAGUUUUCUAUUCUUUCCCCCCUUAUGAUUUUCUGCUUUCUUUUUCAAAUCUGCAUACAAACUGGGACAUGCUCACUGAUUUAUGCUUUUUCCAUCUUCUAUAAAUACAAUGUAAAGUUUGAGACUGUAUAAGUACUUUCUCUGGACUGAAGUACCUUGGAGAAAAAGCCUAUGUUUUGGAGGUUUUUUGACGGGUGGGAGAGACAGAGGAAGUGACUUGUCUUGAUUAAAGUAGAAAAACACUUUUCAAAAACUUGUGCCUCACAUUUUAUAACAAAAUCACCCCCCAUUUAUAUUUCUGCAUUCAAAUAAUGUAAGUAAUCAGUAACAAGGAAGUCUAAGAACCAUCCUUUCUCUAUUCUAUUCUAGAACUAGGACCUCAGUUCUUUUUUUAUAGUAUAGACCCACCUGUGCACUUCUAAUUCACUGAUCAUUAACCCUGUUUGUUGUCUUCUUGUCACCACCAUCCCCUUAUUUAUAGCUGUAAUCAGAGACAUGAAAAUUAUGUCUUAACAGUGAGCGUCUCCUCACCUUCAGCCUGCCUGUCUUUGCUGGAUUCUGCUCUCCUGAACUGAUCAGAACAUAUAAAUGUAGCUACCCACCUCUAGGAGGAAAAUUGAGCUGCAGCCCUGGUGAAACAUAAAGUUUAUUUGACUAAAAGUGACGCAAAAAUUCUUAAAGAGCUCUUUGGCAGCAGAUUAUCUGGAAAUCAGACCAUGUGAGGGGGAUUGGUGUACAAAAACCUCACCAAGAUGCUGAGUUGCCCACAGGCUGAGUUUGAGGCUCUGAAGUAAAGGUAGGGUUAGGGUUACUCAGUCUUGGAUAACUCCAGGGGAAAAGCACCUCAGAUUCAUCUGAAAGGCAGCUGUGUUUUUCUGCAGUCCAGUGGACGUAAAGACUAGAGAGUUUCUGGCAGCAGUGGGUAGACAGAGCUUCAAGCAGCAACUUGAUACAAGGGGAUUCUGGUCCAGGUCACUCACAAAUGGACAGCAGCACCAUCUUUUAACCAGCAGAAUGAAGAAGUCAUCCAGCAAUGAGAACCAGCCUCUUACUUCUAAGAAAGAGCUCUUGGAUUGUACAGAAGGUGAAGAUUGCAAAGAGAAUGGACUCCUGGUCAAGAACCCUAAAUCCGCCCUGCAGCUGGUAGAGGAUGGGAAUAAGGUCCACUCCAGCCAGGGAGAUAAAGGGGAAGCAGGUCAGAUCUCAAAUGGCUACUCAGUGGUUCAGAACCCAGUUCCUUGCGAUGGAAUAGGAGAUGGGGAAGAUGUCCAGGGUAUGGCCCCAGCAGCCACAACUACCACCACCACCACCACUUCCACCACUUGUGGAGUGGAGGCUCAACCACAGCUGCUGGAGCCGGAGGAAAGAGAGACCUGGAGUAAAAAAAUGGACUUUCUUCUCUCUGUCAUUGGCUAUGCAGUAGAUCUGGGCAACAUAUGGCGAUUUCCCUAUAUAUGCUACCAAAAUGGAGGAGGAGCGUUUCUCAUCCCGUACACGAUCAUGGCCAUCUUUGGAGGCAUCCCCCUCUUUUACAUGGAACUAGCUCUGGGACAAUACCACAGGAAUGGAUGUAUCUCAAUUUGGAGAAAAAUUUGUCCUAUUUUCAAAGGAAUUGGCUUUACUAUCUGCAUAAUAGCUUUCUACAUAGCCUCUUACUACAAUACCAUCAUGGCUUGGGCCCUCUACUACCUCAUUUCAUCCUUCACGGUGGAGCUCCCAUGGAUCAGCUGCAAAAAUGCUUGGAACACUGGCAACUGCACCAACUACUUCACCAAUGCCAGCAUUACCUGGACCCCACACUCCAUCUCCCCUGCAGAAGAAUUUUAUACCCGCCAUGUUCUACAGGUGCAAAGAUCCAAAGGGCUGGAUGAUUUGGGAGGCAUUAGCUGGCAACUGACCCUCUGCUUAUUGUUGAUUUUCACUAUUGUGUACUUCAGCAUCUGGAAAGGGGUCAAAACAUCUGGCAAGGUAGUGUGGGUGACUGCCACGUUCCCUUACAUCAUACUCUUUAUCCUGUUAGUACGAGGGGCCACAUUGCCUGGAGCCUGGAGGGGGGUUGUCUUCUACCUGAAGCCUGACUGGCAGAAACUCCUGGCCACUGAGGUCUGGGUGGAUGCUGCAGCUCAGAUUUUCUUCUCUCUAGGUCCAGGUUUUGGGGUCCUACUAGCCUUUGCCAGCUACAACAAAUUCCACAACAACUGCUACCAGGAUGCACUGGUUACCAGUACUGUGAACUGCAUGACUAGUUUUGUGUCUGGAUUUGUCAUUUUCACUGUGCUUGGAUAUAUGGCUGAAAUGAGGAAUGAAGAGGUGUCGGAGGUUGCUAAAGAUACUGGGCCCAGCCUUCUCUUCAUUACCUACGCAGAGGCCAUUGCAAACAUGCCUGCUUCAACUUUUUUUGCCAUCAUAUUUUUCUUGAUGUUACUCACUCUGGGAUUAGACAGCACGUUUGCAGGACUGGAGGGGGUGAUCACUGCAGUGCUGGAUGAAUUUCCAUAUGUCUGGGGCAAGCGCAGGGAAUGGUUUGUCCUUGGUCUGAUCAUUGCUUGCUUCCUGGGGUCAUUAACAACUCUGACAUUUGGUGGUGCAUAUGUAGUGAAGCUGUUUGAAGAAUAUGCUACAGGCCCUGCUGUCCUAACAGUGGUGUUUCUGGAAUCCAUUGCGGUGGCCUGGUUCUAUGGCAUCAACCAGUUUUGCAGUGACAUGAAGGAAAUGCUGGGCUUCACUCCAGGCUGGUACUGGCGACUCUGCUGGGUAGCAAUCAGCCCCAUCUUCCUUUUGUUCAUCAUUUGCAGUUUUAUGUCCAGCCCUCCUGAUCUACGACUUUUUGAUUAUAACUAUCCCUAUUGGACCACUAUAGUGGGUUACUGCAUAGGAACCUCCUCUGUUAUCUGCAUUCCACUCUACAUGGCUUAUCGGUUGAUAAUCACCCCAGGAACAUUUAAAGAGGUAUCUGAUGUGUUUUAUUUGUUCAAGUUCAUUUUUGAUGGGAUGUACUUGCCACCCCACUACCCAGCCGUACAUAAGGAGAGGUGGGGAAAUACUGCAUAGGCACUUAAGACAAAAAGAUGGUCUGUAAAUAAUGCUCCCAUAUUUGCCAGGUGCUGGAUGUAUGGAUCAGCAUUGCAAGAAAUACCUCUCUUUAACAGUUAAAUCCUUGCUGUUAAUACAAAGGAAUGGUGGGUUAUGUAUGAUAGAAGAGUGCCAGCUCUGCAAAUAAUUAAGGUUGAGAAUUCCUUUCUGUUUAAAGAACAACUCUUCUGAGUGCUCUAAAAUCCACACGGUUGUACAGAUUGCCUUGAAAUUAGCUGAGACACAUGGGAUUUGGAGUCUUUUGAGCAAGCAGUUCCUAGGAUACAGCUGUCCCCAGGAAAUCAGCUUUUCUUAAGGUUGACAGAUUCCAUCAACUUUUUUUUUUUACUCAGACCAAAGGCUCAAACCAUGGCUCUACAUGCUCAAAGGGUCUCAAUCACUCAACAUUUACCCCUGCCAGUGCAUUUACCCCCCUUUUGGAGGAGCAAAAUUGAGUGAGUCUGGCUCUUUAGGCAGGUGCAUGCUAAUAUUCACAAGCCAAUGGAUUACACUAUGCACAGGUGGACAGAAUCCCAAAAGAAUUACUAGCCAAGCAUGAUUCACAGGACCUGUGUGACUCAAGGGGACGUUACGGCCACUAAACGUGAGCAACACCCGAGGCACUAUAAAUUCAAACCCAACCCAUGAUAGAAAGCUGAAACGAAACCUAGGCAUGUUGCUAUAACCUGCCUCUGUCCAAGGGUGUUUUAUUUUUAUUUGGGGGAAAUGUAAUCUGAGUACAGCAGAAACUUCAGAAGGCAUUUGUGCUAUUUCAAAAAGAAAAUAAAUUACAUGUGAAUGAUUGCUGGGAAAGGAGUAGGAUUUAGGAGGCAGAGGAGUGGAAGGGACGAGGGGUUUGGGUCUUCAGGGAGGCAAGGGGUUAUACAGAGAAGGAUAAAUAUAGAGGAGUAGUAGGGGAGGGGUUUCGGGGCUUGGGUCAGGGGGAGAGAGUGGGGAUUAUGGGGAAGUGUGAGGGAUGACAUGGAGGGAGUGGCAGGGUAAAUGGGAGGAAUUAGGGGUGCCUGUCAUCCCCACAUUCUUCUCUUCUGUGUGUGUGCUGGGAAUAGGGGGACCCUGACCCUCUUGGGAUGUCUGAGCUUCUCUCCCUACCCACUUCUCAUGUGAAGAAGGAUCUGUGGGAGCCCUGUCCCUCUGAGGAUGCCUUUCCCUACCUCCCCUCUCUACAGCCCUCUCCCUGUCCCUAUGUGGAAUCUGGGAGGCCCUGUCACGCAGAAGGGGUCUAUCCCCUGAAGCCCUCCCCCUGUCCUUGCCUCCCCCUCUCAUUCCACCAAGACCAUCCCAUUGAGAUGAAUGGCCACUUCACACGUCUCAGAGCCUGCUCUGCUUUCGGUUCAGUCUGUGCUGGGAAUCUGGCUAUAGCAAAGCAGUUGCUGAUGAUUAAUCUCAUUCCAUAUUAUAGUGGAGCACUGUCCAGUUCUGCCACGAUUAAGAUUGUGAAGAUGUUUCUGUUUAAAGGUUAAUUCUUUUCGGUGCUUUAAAAUCCAUGUGCUUCCUCACUAUGUCUUGAAAUGUGCUGUGCGCUUUACUGCGGAAGGGUAAAUGAUCCAUAUUUGAGAAAAGGAUUUCUAAGAUACAGCCCCCAGGUUUUCUUAAAGUUCACAGGUUUCUACCUAUUUUCUUGUGCACACCUGGCUUCUCAAGUGCUAGUGGCUUAACGUGACAGGAAGGGGAGGGUGAGGUGGGAAUGGUGGCGGAGGGUGGGAUACAUGUUGUGGGGGAUGAUGGCAGAGGAGGGUGGAGCAAGAGAGAGGGCUAUAUCAAUCUUCUCUCAUACUUAAAAUUACUGUUCUCCCUGUGUAAUAAAACUUGAUUUUGGGGCAAGGACGACAUCUGAGAUUUCUCUCACUGGGCUGUUAGUAACUCCAAACAUUUCAAAGCACAACCAUUAUCCCUAUUUCACUGUAACAAGGUGGGGGAUGGGAGAGGCACACACCUACGUAUCACACAGCAACAUAAUGGAGAGAACAGUGGACUGGGAGUCAGAAAACCUGGGCUCUAUUCCCACCCCUGCCUCAUGCUUGCUGGGUGACCGUGGCCAUAUCACUUUACUGCUCUGUGCCUUAGUUUCCCCAUCUGCACAAUGGGGAUAAUGAUGUUUCCUUCCUUGGCAAAGUGCUAUGAGAUCUAUUGAUGAAAAGUGCAAUGUAAGAGCAAGGUAUUAUCAUCAUUACCUGGCCACAACUGUAUCUCAGCUGCACACCUGCAUGAUAACUAAAACUGCCUAAACGACCACUAACAAUUCUCUCUGUUAAAAAAAACUCUAGGAAAUUCACUGACAAAAAAGCUUUGCUAAUGGAGAGUUAAGGUUGCCCAGUGGUAUCUCAUGUCCUUGAACAUCAAGUUCAGCAAAACUCAAAAUGUCUGAAAAACAGGAACUGAAGAGUUAAGGUACACACCCAUGCAACCUUAACUCCCUCUCCUUGGAGCAAUGCCUCAGUACACCCAUAGCACAUGCUCUCACACUGCACAGCACUACACAAGAACUACCUACACAUGCCCAACACUGACCCCAUCUGCUAAAGUUUACAACCUCUUCACCCUGAUGCACAUGAUGCCAUCUCACACUAUGGUUUCACUUACCUGUCAUUAAACCCACAGACCACACUCAUCUCCCACCUAGAUGCUGAGAAUUCCCAUGGCAAGACGAUCCACGUGCCCCACUGCUACAUAACACAGAGCUUAAAUAAGGCAUACUAUAUCUUUCAAGGUACACAUGGACCUCUUUCCUUAGAUUACACAUAUGAGGGUUAGGGAGAGGGGGCAUGCACACACCCGGGGGACCCCUAGAUUGUCUCAUAUUACAAUCACAGCUCUGCCAAACUCUCCAACUAACCCUCCCCUUUCAAUACAGCUAUACCUAACACAGCGAAUGCAGCUGGAGUGCACCCAGGCAAUUCCCAGGGAUUACUGCCAGCUCCAGGGCCACAGACUACAGUUGUGUGGGCAUGAACCUUAACUCUGUAUUGCCUGGUUUACAGAAGUCCGAGUUUUACAGAACUCAAUGUUCUGGAAGGGCACAAGGUACCACUGUAACCUUCAUUCUGUGUUAGUUUUUUUUGGUCAGUGAAUAUUUAAGAUGGUUAAGUGCUGAGAAUUAGUGUUUGAUCGGAAUAAUAUACAUUGGUAAAAUGCUUUAAGAUCUUGGAUGAAAGGCACUAUAAAUAAGCAAGAUAGUAGUAGUAAUACAGAGUGAUGAAUUUUGCCAAUUACCCUGAUUUAAUCACAACAAGGUUUAUCCUUACAUGGAUUACUUCUGAAUCUGUUUUGGAAGGGGCAGAGGAUGGUAGAAGAUAUGAACUGCUUUGCUCCGACA